AUGGGGUUGUCUUUUUUAUGUCUGGUUAACAUUGUCAAUUUUGGUAGGAGAUUGAGGUUAUUUGGUGUUGCUCAGACAAGGUUAAAUCCUGCUUGCUAUUCCUCACAUGGUGCGCGAAAAACAAAUAAUGAUGAGCAAACGAGUACAGUUUUAUCUUCUGAUCCCACUUUUAAGAAAAUCAGUGUACUUGGGGGAUUGUCUUUACAUCGUCCAGUGCACAAGAGAGACAUAGUCGGCAAAACGUUUUGCUCUGUUGGAUUGUAUACAUAUCCAGGGAGCACUGUUGAAUCUUCUUCACAGACAACUCAAGAAAAAAAUGGAGUGCUACUUUUGAAUCUUGGAGGACCAGACACAGUUCAUGAUGUCCAGCCUUUUUUAUUCAACUUAUUUGCCGACCCUGAUAUUAUACGUCUGCCCAGAUUGUUCCGCUUUCUCCAGCGCCCAUUGGCACAACUCAUUUCUGUCCUCCGAGCUCCGAAAAGUAAGGAAGGGUAUGCUGCAAUUGGAGGCGGUUCCCCUUUACAAAAAAUAACAGAUGAGCAGGCUAAUGCGUUAAAAAUGGCACUAGAAACAAAGGAAGUUCCAGCAAACGUCUAUGUUGCGAUGAGGUACUGGUACCCGUUCACUGAGGAAGCUGCUCACCAGAUAAAAAGAGAUGGGAUCACAAAGCUUGUAGUACUGCCUUUGUAUCCUCAAUACUUGAUCUCUACAACUGGUUCAAGCGUCCGUGCCCUUCAGAAUAUUUUCAAAUAACUUCUUUUUUCCUUUUCAAUUUGGGACGACUCUUAUCUGUCCAGACUGCCAGUUGCUGUCAUUGAAUCCUGGUACCAACGACAAGGUUACAUCAAGUCCAUGGCAGACUUGAUUGAGAAGGAAUUAUAUAGUUUCUCUAAGCCUGAGGAGGUCAUGGUUUUCUUUAGUGCACAUGGAGUGCCAGGUAGUUAUGUUGAAGAUGCUGGUCAGGGUGAUCCAUAUAGAGAUCAGAUGGAAGAGUGCAUUUUCUUGAUAAUGAAAGAGCUCAAAGCUAGAGGAAUCAACAAUGAUCAUACCUUGGCUUACCACAGCCGAGUUGGACCUGUACAAUGGUUGAAACCAUACACUGAUGAAGUUCUUGUUGAGCUUGGACAGAAAGGUGUAAAAUCUCUGUUGGCUGUUCCAGUAAGCUUUGUGAGCGAGCAUAUAGAGACUCUUGAAGAGAUUGAUAUGGAAUACAAGGAAUUAGCACUUGAAUUGGGGAUUGAAAAUUGGGGUCGUGUUCCUGCUCUGAAUUGCACCUCCUCUUUCAUGACUGAUCUGGCAGAUGCAGUUAUUGAAGCAUUGCCUUCGACAAUGGCGAUGUCUGCGCCCACUGGUACAGAGGUUGACAAUGAUCCGAUGCAAUAUUUUAUAAAAAUGCUUUUCGGAUCAUUAUUAGCAUUUGUUUUUCUGUUUUCACCAAGGAUGGUAUCGGCUUUUAAAAAGAACAUCCUUCAGGGAGGACAAAAGAUCCUUAUCAGAAAUAAUACAGAGAUCAACAAGCAACAGUUUACAAGUUAUGUUCUUACUACUAAAUAUACUAGGUAUCACUUUUGUUAGAGAGACUGGAUACGGCAGUUUCGAACUGCUGGUAUUCUGUUUUGGGGACAGGCAUAGAACGAAAACAAAUCAGAGAUACAAGAGUCUUUGUGGCAUUUGUUUUACAUUCAUUCCAGAUCUUGUAUUUUUGUAAAUCUAUGAAACUUCAUUUUAGUGUACAGUGAA